AUGACUGUCAGCCUCCCUGGUUCUGGAGCCCAUACGCGUAUAUCAGUCAGGCUGUACUCUCGCACCUUCACACAUUCCUACCAAAUUCCACCUCAGAUGUCGCAAAGUAGCUCCCCUGACAAUGACCCACCCUCCCAAGUGACUUCCUUGAAAAGGCGGCUGGCCGUCUUAGAGGCCCAAAAUGCUGAACUUUGCAAACAGCCCUUGGCAGAGAGAAAUGAACCUCAUCAUACUGAGGGCCGGUCAAUUCAGAGACUUGUUUGCCUCACAGAACGUGUCGAAGAUCUCAUUGCAGAGUUUGAUCGACGUGUCACCUUGGGGUUAAAAUCAGAUACUGACGAUACUAGCUCAAAUAACACUGAAGACGAUCGGAGGUACAGAUCGUAUAAGAAGUUGGCGACCCGGUGUCCAUCUGUUUGUAAGCUUCUGGAUUCAGAGGUUGAGAAUGGUGAGCUUUGUCACAUGUACAGCAAGCUUAAUAAAGGUGCCGAUGGAGCCAGGGCGGAUGAUACGACACGGCUCAAAGUCAUCGUUGCCUCUUGGUUGAUGCAACUUACUCCGUCACCAAGCCCCGUCAUUCAUGGGCAGGACAAAACGGGUCGCGGAUUCAAUAACGAUGCGACUGGAGUGACUUAUGUCCGACAGCAGAUUAGGGACUACCACCCAGACUAUCGUGUCACAGCUUACUCUUGGCCAGCUUUCUUGUACAAGGACAAACAAUACGACCCUCAAAACCCUACAAACAGUCUGUUUAAAGGAAAUUUUCUUUUAAAGACAUUCAAAUAUAUUUUCACAUCUCCUACUUCUGCGGAGACGGAAGACCAGGAGGAGCCCAGCCUGGAUAAUAUUUCCACACAAGGCCACCCAAAGCAGUGGAGGACUGCUGGCAAGCGUCACACUUGCUGCAAUGUUGCGGGACUGUUGAAUAUGAGAUCAGUACAACCGCGUUCAAUCGCAUAUACAGCUGUACAGCUCAGGUUUGCCUUGUCCAGUAUGGGAUCGUGGCGAGUUAUAGAUGACGAGUUCAAUGUUCAAGAGUUCUACGACAACAUUGUCGAUUUCCUCGAGCUUCCUAUGACACCAGACACAUCUAAGGAAGUUGAUGACCUAUUACUUUGGUGGAACCGGUUUUUGGACGCAAACAUGCAUCUGCCUAUCGUCCCCAAAGAGUCCAACAGCUAUCUGUUGCUCGGUGUUCAGGCAGAUGUUAGCUCAGAGUUUGCAGGUCGCAUGCAUAGAUAG